ACUAGCAUCUGAGGGGCUAGACGCUUGUCAAAACAAGACAUCUCCUGUGGCUGUUUGACUUCGUCAAUUACAGGUAGCAAAGAAUUUGUCUGUAAUUUAAGGGAUGCAAGAAUUUAAAACUUUAAUAUGUUGAUUUCUUUUAUUGCAGAAGCAUAAAUUUGAUAACUUUCUGUUAAAUCAACAAAUCAUUCGAAACUAAUGCUACUGAAAUAUUAAUCAGUUUACGACUUAGAAAAACAAAGUAUGUUACUGUUGUCUGCUUCCUCACGUAUAAAACGAAAUGAUUUUUUUAUAAAAUAUAAAUAAAGUGUUUGCGAAAUGUUUUUCGAUGAUAAUGAGCUUUGUUUACUAAUCUGAGAAAAAGUAAUGGUGUUUGUAACAAGUCAUUUGCAUUGAAGUAAUUUUUACAAAUCCAUCUAAAUAUUGCCAAUGAAAACAGGUUAUGGAGCCGCCAAAUAUUUAUAAACUUUCUUUUUGAAAAAUCUUCAUUGAACCAAACAUGCUUGCAAAUAAAAAGCAGAAAAGUUUUACCUGUCAUGUAUGCAGCUCUACUUUUGAUCAAAAUAAUUCUUUACAGGAACAUUUGCUUUCACAUACAGGAAUGGAACCUCAUAUAUGUGCUGUAUGUAAUCAGUCGUUCAUGCAAAAGGACCAAUUAGUAGUACAUAUGCUUACCCAUACAGGAGAGAUAUCUGAUGUAAAUAAUAUGUGUGACAAGCCGUUCACACCAAAACAAUAUUUAGUGAUUUUCGUGAACAUCCAGACUAAAGAAAAAACUAAUGUUUGUAUUGUGUGUAACAAGUCAUUUACAUUAAAAAAGAAUUUGAAAACACACAUGAGUAUCCACACAGGAGAAAAGCCAUUUAUGUGUGAUCUAUGUCAUAAUUCAUUCAGACAAAAGUCUCAACUAGAAGCACAUUUGCCUUUCCACACAGGAAAGAAACCUCAUGUAUGUGGUAAGUGUGGGAAGUCAUUUACCCAGAAGUACAGUUUAAAGAUGCACAUGCCUAUUCAUUCAGGAGAAAAACCUCAUGUAUGUGAAAUCUGUGGGAAGUCAUUUACAAUAAAACAAUAUUUAAGAUCUCACAUGCGUACCCACACGGGAGGAAAAUCUCACAUUUGUAAUUUAUGUAAAAAGUCAUUCAAAUGUAAGCAGAGUUUAAUGACACAUAUACUUAUACACACGGGUGAGAAACCUCAUGAAUGUGAUACAUGCCAUGAGUCAUUUACAUUAAGGCAACAACUUAUGACACAUAUGGUAACCCACACAGGAGAGAAACCUCACAUAUGUGACAUAUGUAAACAAUCAUUCUUGCAAAAGCACCUUUUAAGCAAGCAUAUGCUUAUUCAUACAGGAGAGAAGCCUUAUAUAUGUGAUAUAUGUAGUAGGUCAUUCAUGCAGAAGCACAAUUUAACGGCACAUCUGCGCAUUCACACAGGAGAAAAACCUUACGUGUGUGAUGUAUGUGAUAAGUCAUUUUCGCAAAAACAGAAUUUAGUGUCUCAUGUGUAUAUCCACACAGGAGAGAAACCUCACCCAUGUGAUGUAUGUAAGAAGUCAUUUACUGAAAGACAAAAGUUAAUUGUUCACAUGCGUAUACACACAGGAGAGAAACCUUUCACAUGUGAAUUUUGUGAUAAGUCAUUCAAACGAAAGCAUCAUUUAGAAGAACAUAUGCAUAUCCACACAGGAGAGAAACCUUAUGUAUGUGAUAUAUGUGGUAGGUCAUUUACAAGGAAAACACGAUUUGUGACACAUAUGCAUAUCCAUACAGGAGAAAAACCUCAUAUAUGUGAUAUUUGUAACAAGGCUUUCAGAUUUAAGCAAAAUUUAGUAGAUCAUAUGAAAAUCCAUACAGGAGAGAAACCUUACUUAUGUGAUGUAUGUAGCAAAUCGUUCAGAAAAAAGGUGGAUUUAGUCAAUCAUAUGUGUAUCCACACAGGAAUAAAACCUCACAUAUGUCAUGUUUGUGGCAAAUCCUUCAGUCGAAAGCAUAGUUUAAAGCUUCAUGUGUGUAGUCAUACAGGAGACAGACCUUAUGCUUGUGAAAUAUGUGAAAAAACAUUCACAUACAAAAAGCAGUUAGAGACACAUAUGAAUCAUAAACAUGCAAAUGAUAAAUCUUAUUUGAGUGAUAUAGAAUUGAAUUUUGAUAAAUUGAAAGAACUGGAAUAAAUUUGAGUAGUUGACAAAAGUAAGUUUUUUUCCUAACCAGAAAUUCUAGUUUGCUGUACAUAAUAAGUAACUAGUACAAAAGUAGUUUGUAAGGCUAAUCUUUAGAAUAUGGUAACAGGUAGUUUGGUGACAUUUUGAUAAGGCGAUAAAGGUUACUAGCUAGGACUUAGCAAUAAUCUGAGAAGUACACAGUUCGAAUCACAGAUUAUUUUGUC